AUGCGGUUUAAAAGCCAGAUGCGCAAUGUGAGCACAUUUGCGAAAUUCUGUGCCUCACUUUCCUCCUUGGGUCCUAUCGCAUGGUGCCGACUGACGGAUGAGGACAUGCGCUUCACAGUCUUGCCUGAGAAAGGAAGCCAGUCUGCUGCACCGCAUAACACGAUCAACCUUGAAGUGCCAAUUCAGUCAUUGCAACGGGCUUUGAAAUCUGCGUCGGGUGCUACCUCUGCUUCUAUCAGGCUAACAAAGAAGAAUAAUGUGCCCAUGUUAUCAGUUACCAUUGUGACUACAACUUUCAGCAAUGGUGACAGCGUGGUUGGGGCAGGUGCAACAGGCACAGAUGACGAGUUCGGCGACUUUGAUUUCCAUGCUGACACGGAUGAUGUUGGCUUUGGUGGAGGCUUAGGAGGACUUCCGCAUGAACGAGAGACAAUUAUCACGCAGGAUGUCCCAGUCAAAGUACUAGCUAUGCAGACCGUUGAGGGACUGCAUGAACCAUCCACCCCAGAGCCGGAUGUGCACAUUUACCUGCCCGGUCUGGCACAGGUCAAAAGUAUAUCAGAGAGGUUUACAAGGUUAGCAACAGCAACGAAGACUGGUACCACUCCCGGUGCUGGCCCAAGACUUGAGCUAAGUGCGAACAUGCAUGGAUCUUUCAAGAUAGCAUUACAGACGGAUGCUCUCUCAAUCUCGAGUGUGUGGACAGGCCUGGUGAAUCCGGAGCUCGAGCCAACGAACUAUCCCGGUGGGUCACAGGAGCUCAGGGAUCAUCCAAGCACAAGAAUGAGAAUGCUAGGAGGCGAACAUGGCGAGAAUGAGGAGGGGUGGGCCCGAGUCCGAAUCGAUGCAAAGGACUGGAAUCGUGUGCUUAGUGUUGGAAGACUUGGUGUUAGGGUCAUUGCGUGUUUCAUGAACGGGACAGGUCUCGUUUUGUACGUCUAUCAUCAAGGCGAAGAUGACAAUGGAGAGGAGACUUGUCUGACGUAUUUCAUAAACUCUUUCAGCACCUAA